AUGACAUGGUGAAUAAGGCAAAGGUGUCCCAUGGGUCAGUGGAUGGUCCUUUCAAUAAAGAGUGACAUUAUAAUAAACAAGCAUUAAACUUUGUAAAAAAUAUCCUUUUGAUUUUCAAACUGAUGUCAAGCACUUGAUUUGCCCAAUAGAAGUGGUCAAAUGUAUAGGGGAAUAUUUCGUAACCCUGGGUUCAUCAGAAAAAGCGAAAAUGCUAACUCCACACGGACAGCCCGGCUAUUACUUUAAUAGCAUGUAAAUGGUAUUUCCCGGUUUUCAUUAUAGCUGUUCUAGAGACGAUCCAAAUAAGCUGAAUCUUUUCUUUGCAAUGGAACUAACAUAAAUCAAAGCGUUUUCGCUUUUCACGAAAAAAUAAUGUAUGGGCUGUCAUAAAAUCUACUUAAUAUGUUUUCUACAUAAACAUCAAUACCUAUUACCAAAAAACCGUCGUCGUGUUUUACAAUUUUAAAAAGCGUUUUUUGUUAAUCAAACAACUAAUUAGUCAUGUUGACCACAGACAUGACUACAUUUUCUAUUGGUUGUUAAACUGCAUUUUUGACGGUCGCAAUGACAGGGUAAAAAAUUCAUCUGCCAUAUAAACCGACGCUCGCUUUAUGGCGAUCAGAUCUCUCGAGACCUCGCCGGUGAUAGAAAAGGUAAGGAAUAUUAACAUGGGUUUAUCUAAUUUUGAAAGUAACAAAAUGCGCAGAAAUACUUUAAUCAAGGGGACGGUGUGUGUGUUUUUUAAAGGAUUUUUUUCUCUGUUUUUUUUUUCUUUGAAAAUUUAACAUAUGCGUAAUUCAAAAAUCAGAAUAAAAAAUGCUACUUUCAAGAGAAUAAUUAAAGAAAUCGAUUAUGGACUUAUUACAACAUUGGUCUGUAAGAUUUGAAAAACUAGAAAUAAUUUUUGACAGUUUUGUCUGCAUUUUCAUACUUUUUUCUUUUCGUUUUGCUUUUUUUUUUUCGUGGGGAAUUGCUUUUUUUUUUCGUGGGGAAGAGUGGGGGUGGAAUGCGCACAUUUCUUCUAAUUGUUAUCAAAUUUUCUUCCAAUAUAUUAUAAUCGAUUGUCUUUUGUUUUUUUUUACAGAUGAAGGGUGUUAUAGCAUACUUGUUGUCUGUUUUGCUUGCCGCUGUUACGGCGUUUAAUUGGAAGGGAGGCUAUGGCGGCGGCGGUGGCGGCUACGGAGGUGGAGGUUAUGGUGGUGGAGGUUAUGGUGGUGGCGGGUACAACGGAGGUGGAGGCUAUGGUGGUGGCGGGUACAACGGCGGCGGAGGAUACAACGGCGGCUAUGGUGGUGUCGGAGGAUUCGGAGGAAACAACGGUGGGUUUGGCGGCGGAGGAUUCAACGGUGGAUUCAAUGGCGGUUAUGGAGGCAAUAAUUACAACAAUGGGCGUGGUGGAUUUGGCGGAAUGGGUGGAUAUGGUGGCAGAGGUGGAUACGGCGGCAUUAUUGGCGGCGGAAUCGGUGGAUGCGGACGUUAUGGCUGUGGUGGUAUAGGCGGUAUCCGAGGUGGAUUCUACAGGCCCAGAUACCGUAAACACAGACACGGCAAGAAAUUCGGUUAAAUACAGUUGCACGUGAAGUACAAACACUACAGCUGACAUGUCGGAACUAGACUCUGGACUACCUCAUCAUCAUUACGCUCAACCCAUCUGUACAUACGUGUAUUGUUGUCCUUGAAUUUGUUUUUGGCCAAAAAUAAAAUUUGUCGCAAGCUCAAA